UUCUGAAAAAGAGAUCUUGUGGAUGGGUGAAAAGGCAAGAGGAAAAACAAAGCAGCCGAAACACACCCAGACGCACACUUCUGCCAAGCAUAGCCACCAUGUGAAAUAAAUCUUAAAGGAAGUGCUUGAAUUUCUUACAGACUGCCAAACGGAACAGACAAGCAGGUUGUCUUGGGUCUUCAUGAACACUAAUGGGGGUACCAGGCCCUCUUCCUCAUUAGAAGAAAUCAGGAUAACAAAGGCAUAUUGGGCACCUCUACAAAAGGAAUCUGUGUCUGUAUCAAGAUGAUCUGAAGAACAGCUUCUACUUUUAGGAAUGUCUAGUGUUCCAAAAUGACUAGCAUCUUCCAUUUUGCCAUUAUCUUCAUGCUAAUACUUCAGAUCAGAAUACAAUUAUCUGAAGAAAGUGAAUUUUUAGUUGAUAGGUCAAAAAACGGUCUCACCCAUGUUCCUAAAGACCUAUCCCAGAAAACAACAGUCUUAAAUAUAUCUCAAAAUUAUAUAUCUGAGCUUUGGACUUCUGACAUCUUAUCACUGUCAAAGCUGAAGAUUUUGAUAAUUUCUCAUAAUAGAAUCCGGUAUCUUGAUAUCAGUGUUUUCAAAUUCAACCAGGAAUUGGAAUACUUGGAUUUGUCCCACAACAAGUUGGCGAAGAUUUCUUGCCACCCUACUGUGAACCUCAAGCACUUGGACCUGUCAUUUAAUGCGUUUGAUGCCCUGCCUAUAUGCAAAGAGUUUGGCAAUAUCUCUCAACUAAAAUUUCUGGGGUUGAGCACCACACACUUAGAAAAAUCUAGUGUGCUGCCAAUUGCUCAUUUGAAUAUCAGCAAGGUCUUGCUGGUCUUAGGAGAGGCUUAUGGGGAAAAAGAAGACCCUGAGGGCCUUCAAGACUUUAACACUGAGAGUCUGCACGUUGUGUUCCCCACAAACAAAGAAUUCCAUUUCAUUUUAGAUGUGUCAGUCAAGACUAUAGCAAAUCUGGAACUAUCUAAUAUCAAAUGUGUGCUAGAAGAUAACAAAUGUUCUUACUUCCUAAAUAUUCUGGCAAAACUUCAAACAAAUCCAAAGUUAUCAAGUCUUACCUUAAACAACAUUGAAACAACUUGGAAUUCUUUCAUUAGGAUCCUCCAGCUGGUUUGGCAUACAACCGUAUGGUAUUUCUCAAUUUCAAACGUGAAGCUACAGGGUCAGCUGGACUUCAGAGAUUUUAAUUAUUCUGGCACUUCCUUGAAGGCCUUGUCUAUACACCAAGUUAUCAGCGAUGUGUUCAGUUUUCCACAAGGGGCUAUCUACAAAAUCUUUUCGAAUAUGAACAUCAAAAAUUUCACAGUGUCUGGUACACGCAUGGUCCACAUGCUUUGCCCAUCCAAAAUUAGCCCGUUCCUGCAUUUGGAUUUUUCCAAUAAUCUCUUAACAGACACAGUUUUUGAAAAUUGUGGGCACCUUACUGAGUUGGUGACACUUAUUUUACAAAUGAAUCAAUUAAAAGAACUUUCAAAAAUAGCUGAAAUGACUACACAGAUGAAGUCUCUGCAACAAUUGGAUAUUAGCCAGAAUUCUGUAAGCUAUGAUGAAAAGAAAGGAGAUUGUUCUUGGACUAAAAGUUUAUUAAGUUUAAAUAUGUCUUCAAAUAUACUUACUGACACUAUUUUCAGAUGUUUACCUCCCAGGAUCAAGGUACUUGAUCUUCACAGCAAUAAAAUAAACAGCAUUCCUAAACAAGUCGUAAAACUGGAAGCUUUGCAAGAACUCAAUGUUGCUUUCAAUUCUUUAACCGACCUUCCUGGAUGUGGCAGCUUUAGCAGCCUUUCUGUAUUGAUCAUUGAUCACAAUUCAGUUUCCCACCCAUCAGCUGAUUUCUUCCAGAGCUGCCAGAAGAUGAGGUCAAUAAAAGCAGGGAACAAUCCAUUCCAAUGUACCUGUGAGCUAAGAGAAUUUGUCAAAAAUAUAGACCAAGUAUCAAGUGAAGUGGUAGAGGGCUGGCCUGAUACUUAUAAGUGUGACUACCCAGAAAGUUAUAGAGGAACCCUACUAAAGGAUUUUCACUUGCCUGAAUUAUUCUGCAACAUAACUCUGCUGAUCAUCACCAUCGUUGCCACCAUGCUGGUGUUGGCUGUGACUGUGACCUCCCUCUGCAUCUACUUGGAUCUGCCCUGGUAUCUCAGGAUGGUGUGCCAGUGGACCCAGACCCGGCGCAGGGCCAGGAACAUACCCUUAGAAGAACUCCAAAGAAAUCUCCAGUUUCAUGCAUUUAUUUCAUAUAGUGGGCACGAUUCUUUCUGGGUGAAGAAUGAAUUAUUACCAAACCUAGAGAAAGAAGGUAUGCAGAUUUGCCUUCAUGAGAGAAACUUUGUUCCUGGCAAGAGCAUUGUGGAAAAUAUCAUCAGCUGCAUUGAGAAGAGUUACAAGUCCAUCUUUGUUUUGUCUCCCAACUUUGUCCAGAGUGAGUGGUGCCAUUAUGAACUCUACUUUGCCCAUCACAAUCUCUUUCAUGAAGGAUCUAAUAACCUAAUCCUGAUCUUGCUGGAACCCAUUCCACAGUACUCCAUUCCUAGCAGUUAUCACAAGCUCAAAAGUCUCAUGGCCAGGAGGACUUAUUUGGAAUGGCCCAAGGAAAAGAGCAAACGUGGGCUUUUUUGGGCUAACCUAAGGGCAGCCAUUAAUAUUAAGCUGACAGAGCAAGCAAAGAAAUAGAUUACACAUCAAGCGAAAAAUAUUCCUCCUGUUGAUGUUGCUGCUUUUGGAAGUUCCAACAAUGACUUUAUUUUGCAUCAACAUAAAUGUAAACACAAUUGUGAGUGUAUGAUAUAGGUAAAAAUAUAUACUUUCAGGCCCCAGUUCACCAUUUAUAUGUGGUAUUAAAAAUUAAUGAAAUGAUAUAACUUUGAUUUAAACAGUUCUGACACAUAAGGGAUCUACUUGUUUCUUUGCUAUAACUGAGUUCUGAAUUUGUCAUGAAGUCAAGGGAAGCACCUGUUUUUCUUCAGUGAUGUGUGUUCUAGUGUAUCAUGGUCAAUAUUGGAAAACGCCAUGACUUUUAUGAGUAUAGCUGGGUUUGUAUAGCAGAUUUCUACAGCUUUUGAUGCUUUCCUCAUUUCCAUGGUGCAUUCAACUCAACUUAUUGAUGGCUGAUAAUUGAUAAUGCUGGAGACACUAUGCCUGAAGGUUCCCCCCCAACCCCCCACCAUCAUGCCCACACAAAGAGUAGUUCAGAAGUGCUGGAAAUUGUCCUUGGAAACAGCCCUCAACCAAUGUCAGAAAGAGCUGGUGGAUAAAUACCCCAACUUUCUCACUCAUUUUUUGAGAUAAAUCUGGGGUAUACUUUGCAUUCUCCCUGAGUUCCCCAGCAGGAUAAAAUUCUGGUUGUCCACAGUAGAAAUGGCUUGAUUAAGUAUUCUCGAUUGGCUUCCUUCCCAUUUUUUUCUCACUUACUUAUUCCUCUAUGUGUAUUCCAUGGGAUCACCUCUGUGAUAAACUACUUGCCACUGAAUAUUUGUCUCAGAGGCUGCUUAUGAGGGAGCCCAGACCAAGAAGGUGUUCCACCGCACUCCAGAUGGAAAUUCUGAGUCUGGUUUUCCAUGGCUGGAGAUCUCGCUGAGAUUCUGGUUGUAUGAACUAACAUGCACUAGAGCCUUUGCUCUUUUGAUUAGCAGGAAGAAUAUAGUUGAUAUACAGUGCUUCUAUAUAUAGCAUCUGUCUCUUUGGGGAACUAUUAAAGUAGAGCAUGAGCAGAUGGGGCAGUCUAAGGAAUGGAUAUAUCUGAUGCUUUUCAUACCCAUCAAACAUCCUGUCAGUCUACCUUUUUACUCCAGCAGCCAGCUCUGGGCAGGUGUAGUCUUGACAAGAACCUUAUCAUAACUACACCAUGUAUCUUUCGCUUUAUGCCCCGUGACUUCACUGAUACCACCGCAUGGGAUGCUUGUAGAAGCCUGUUCAACCAUUCUGAUACAUGCACAAACCUGGAAGCAUGAGGGAUAUCACUACGGGAUGGGAGGCGUUAUAUACAUGCUCCUUUCUUCUAUUCUUGGGUUAAAAAAUGAGGUAUAAUCGAUACCUUUUCUCAAACAAUCCCCAGUGGCAUUGAGGUUUACUUACCCACAGGGUAACCAGCUCAGUAACUUGCUUUUGCAUUGACUUUCCAUUCUUCCUUGGUCACUCUUCUCAUUCGCAUCACUCUUGAGCCCUGAGAUCGCUGCUCCAAACAAGCAACCUUCCCUUAACUCAAGGAGUCUAGAAAAAAUAAAUAAAAUAAAAAGCAACAAAAAACAAAAAGCCUACAAAUGACCAGCACGCAAA